UGCGUGCUCGGAGAGUGUGAUUCCCGCAGGGAGGGGGAAGUGAGUCACACGCAGCUUGUCGCACACAGUGACUCGCUCGGGCUCCGUGCUGACCGAAUCGCUUCAGAGACCAGCGGGGUGGAACGCGGCGUACAGAGUGAGGAGAGGCUCCGGAGGGGCCAUUUCUCCCGUACCGCCCCCCCUCCUCCUUCUUUGUUGUUAUCCCGAGGGGUAAGCCGGGGCCUCCUCUCCGUCCCUCCCCGAAUCCGCCCCCCCUCAGUGUCACCCGCAACAUCCACCCGACGAUGCGACGGCCUGAGCCCGGGGAGGAUCAAUGCGGCCCCCUUCCCUAGGAUGUCAUCCGAGGACAAGAAGCUAGAGUCCGCCUGUGAGCAGCCCGGGCCCCCGGCCCCUGCCAGCCCGGCAGCCACGGACAAAAGACCCCGGGGCCGCCCCCGGAAAGAUGGAGCCUCCCCACUUCAGAGAGUCCGCAAGAAGCCUCGGAGUAGAGGAAAGACUGCUUUGGAGGAUGAAGAUAGCAUGGAUGGACUGGAGGCAGCAGAACCGGAAAACUCUGCCGACACAGAUAUUAAAGAACAAUCUGUGGAGGAGUGUACCCCGACUAAGGUGACGGACACUGCGCAACCAGCACCUGUUCUUCAGCGUUCUCCAUCCGAAGAGUCUGAGCCCUCCACUGCCUCUGUGGGAGUUGAAGCCAAAAGCAGUGAACAACUUUGCGCUUUCUGUUAUUGUGGUGAGCGGAGUCUCUUGGGGCAAGGCGAAUUAAAACAGUAUAGUCCAACUCCUGACUUUCUCCUUCCAUGGCAAACACUGACUGAGAACAAAGACCAUAAUGGCAGCACUGGCACCUGUAAACCCACCGGAAAGUCAAAACGAGGGCACCAGAAGGUAAGGUCCCCGCUACCCAAUGUCACCUACACAAGUGUAAGCACCCAAACAGCAUCUGACGAGCAGGGCAGCAAAUUCUGGGAUGAGCUGUCUCAAGUUGGCCUUCCUGAUGACAUCUAUAUCCAGUUCUUGUUUGAGCCAACAGGUCAUUGCUGGGCUCAUCAACGCUGUGCGGAGUGGUCACCAGGCGUCCACCACUCUGAAGAUCAGGGCUUGGUCAACGUGGACAAAGCAGUCAUCUCAGGGAGCACAGAGCGCUGUGCCUACUGUAAGCACCUUGGAGCUACUAUCAAAUGCUGUGAAGAGACAUGUUUGCAGACGUACCAUUACCCCUGCGCCGCUGGAUCUGGCGCCUUUCAGGAUCUCGCUUGCUUUUCUCUUCUUUGCCCCGAGCACAUCGAUCAGGCUCUUGAGCGUUAUAAGGAUGACGCAAACUGUUCACUGUGUGACAGCUCCGGAGACCUGUUGGACCAGCUCUUUUGCACAACUUGCGGUCAGCAUUGCCAUGGAAUGUGUCUGGAUAUAGCAGUGACCCCUUUAAAGCGUUCUGGUUGGCAGUGCCCAGAUUGUAAAAUCUGUCAGAAUUGCAAACACUCUGGAGAUGACAACAAGAUGCUCGUCUGCGAUAUAUGUGACAAAGGCUACCAUACGUUUUGUCUGCAGCCUGUUAUGGACUCUGUACCAACAAAUGGCUGGAAGUGUAAAAACUGCCGUAUAUGCGCAGAAUGUGGGGCGCGGACCAGUCGUCAGUGGUAUCUCAACUGUCUGAUAUGUGAUAACUGUUUCCAGCAGCAGAUCAGUUUGCCUUGCCCAAUUUGUGAUAAUCCCCUACAGGCAGAAGUGCACAAAGAUCUGUUGCAUUGUCAAAUGUGCAAAAGGUGGAUGCAUCUAGACUGUGAAAAAUGUGCAGACUAUUUAGAUGAUCAGUUAAAAGACGAUUACAUCUGCGCAUUAUGUAAGCCAGUGGAGGAGGAAGCUGGGGAAGAAUGUAUGGACAUGGAGGUCGCCGAAUCUGAACCCACAUGCACAGAUGAGAUAGAAGUGGAUACAGGUGGAAACAUUACAUUUCAAGAAGAAGCACUUAAUCAUCAUGAUCAUGUUCCAGGUGCAGCAGUAACGUGUCUUGAUGAAGUGACACCAGAGCACAAAGAAAAAGCAGACCUGGAAACAGAUGUUCCCUACCAUGAAGAAGCAAAUGAUAUGGACAUCUCUCAUUCAGACCACAUGCACGUGGUACCAGAUGAGGUCGUAGGCCAGGCUGCAAGCGAGAAGAUAUCAACUCAGCAGCCACUAUGUCUUCAUGAUGAAGCAAGUCCGCUUCACCACCAAGAAACUCAAAGUCCUACUGAGGACAGCAGUGACCCACAUGUCCUUGAGGAUUCUUGUCGAUCACCAUCAAAGUUUGAGCUCGCAGCGGAUCCUAAGUUAGAAGAGCACUUUGGUUUGACUAGAAGUCAUGAACACAUUUCCCCAAAAAAGGAUGAUCCUUUGGUUUCGGAAACUUCUGAUGUUCAUGACAUGGGAACUACUCCCAACAGUGAGACUUUUACAGAAAUGAGCUCACCUGUAGGGCACAAAAGUCUGAAGUCUCCUACUGGGAUGGAGUCUCCUGCAACCUCUGUGGACACCAGUAAGACCAGUGUGUCAUCCUCCCCUGCCGUCUCCAUUGACUUUCAUUCAUCUAAUGAAAUCUUUCAAAGUCAAACUCCAGCACAUACUUAUAGCACAGCAAAUGCCUUUCAAACCACAUUUAUAUCUGUAACUCCAAAAAUUGGCAUGGGUAAGCCAGCUAUCACCAAAAGGAAGUUUUCUCCUGGCAGACCGAGAUCAAGACAGGGCACUUGGAGUACCAAUAAUACAGUGAGCCCACCUUCCUGGUCAGCUGAUGGCUCAGAGGGUUGGGACAUUUUUAAAUCCAGACAGCUUCCCGGCAAUCCAUUUUGGAGCAUCAAAGUGGGUCGUGGAUCUGGAUUUCCUAGGAGGAGACCAAGGGGUUCUGGUCUGUCUGGUCGUGGGGGAAGAGGCCGUUCAAAAUUAAAAACUCCCAUAGGCAACUUCAUAUUUCCAGGGAUAACCACAGUGGAUCUUUCAUCAUACAAGGAGGAGGAAGAAACCUCAAUGCACAACACAGUAGUUUUAUUUUCCACAACCGACAAGUUCACCUUACAUCAGGAUAUGUGCGUGGUGUGCGGUAGUUUUGGAAAAGGUGCUGAAGGAAGACUACUUGCUUGUUCUCAGUGCGGGCAAUGUUACCAUCCAUACUGUGUCAGUAUUAAGAUUACUAAAGUCAUCCUUCGCAAAGGCUGGAGAUGCUUGGAGUGCACAGUGUGUGAGGCUUGUGGUAAGGCCACAGAUCCCGGGCGGCUGCUACUCUGUGAUGACUGUGACAUAAGCUACCAUACAUACUGCCUGGAUCCACCAUUACAAACUGUCCCCAAGGGAGGCUGGAAGUGUAAAUGGUGUGUAUCGUGUACCAACUGCAAAGCAGUCACUCCAGGAUUGCGAUGUGAGUGGCAGAAUAACUACACCCAGUGUGCGCCUUGUGCAAGCCUGUCCACCUGCCAUGUAUGUGCUCAGACCUACAUACAGGAUGAGCUGAUCAUUCAGUGUCGGCAGUGUGAUAGGUGGACGCAUGGUACCUGUCAGAACCUACACACAGAAGCAGAAGUUGAGAAUGCAGCAGACGGUGGAUUUGAUUGUGCUAUGUGUAAGCCAUUUGUAAUACCAGCUCAAGAAGUGUGUGAACCACCAAUUGAUGCUCAGAUUGUUCCGAAGAUGAGAGAACCUGAUAUUCUGAAAACCUUCACCCAGGAUGGAGUAUGUUUAACAGAAUCAGGGCUCUCACAAUUACAGAGCCUAACAAUCACUGUACCACGCAGGAGGCGUUCAAAACCUAAGCUGAAAUUAAAGAUCAUCAACCAGAACAGUGUGGCUGUCCUGCAAACCCCUCCAGACCCACAAUCUGAACAUUCUCGAGAUGGGGAGAUGGAUGAUAGUAGAGAGGGUGAUCUAAUGGACUGUGAUGUAAAAUCGGAUUCCAGUCCAGAGCGGGAAGCAAUUGAUGAUGACUCUAAAAGUGCAGAAAUAAUGGAUGGAAUGAAGAAGAGGAAGCGAAAGCCAUACAGACCAGGUAUUGGAGGAUUCAUGGUGCGCCAAAGAAGCCGAACAGGUCAGGGAAAGUCUAAGAGGACUUUAUCUAGAAAGGAUUCUUCUGGCUCCGUUUCUGAACUCCUGCCUGGUAAAGAAGAAGGCUGGAAUGAACCUCAGCCAGAGACUCCUUUAGACGAAUGCAUCACUGGCUUUGAGAACACCGAGAAAAUAAAGAAACGCUACAGGAAAAAGAAGAACAAAUUAGAAGAGACUUUCCCUGCGUAUCUACAGGAGGCUUUUUUUGGGAGAAAUCUUCUGGACACCAGUAAACAGAACAAAUCCAGCAUUGAAAACUGCUCUGAGAAUGCCGCUACAAUGUUUUAUAAGGCAAAUCUAAACUCCACUUUUCUGGAUCCUUCGUCAGACCCCUUGCUCAGUUCAGCAGCAACGCCCUCAAAAAAUACAGUUGGCGGAUCUCAAGAUACUUUAGCUGAACUGUCUGAGGUGUUGAAUACAGAAGAUGAUAUUUUUGGAAUACUUUCAGAUGAUCUUGCGAAGUCUACCAGUCAAACCGGUCUUGAUUUAUGCACUUUCCAGGUCGAAAAUUCAUCCUCUCCUUUUGUGGGUCUUGACUUAGGUUCGAUAUCAGAUGAUUCAUCAUCUCUGUCUCACACCAAUGUCCACCGGAGCUCCCGACCUUUAAGCGAGGACCAACUGGAUGGCAUUCUCAGCCCAGAACUAGACAAAAUGGUUACAGACGGUGCUAUUUUGGAGAAACUGUCUAAAAUUCCAGAACUUGAAGGAAAAGAUGUUGAAGAUUUAUUUACUGCUGUGCUGAGUCCUGUAGCCACCCAUCCGCCAUCUUUGCCACAACCGCCACCACCUUCAGUUCAUCCUCAUUCUCCACAUACACAGCUCUUGCCUUUGCACAACCAGGGUGAUGGCCUUUUUCCAAGAAUGACCAUGGUAAAUGGAAUGUUACCACCGAACGCACACCUACAACGGAAUCCACUUGUGCCACGCGCUGGACUUGGUGCUUUCCCUCCAUUAACGCAGCCACCAUAUGCAGAUAACAGAGAUAAGAACCCAUUGUAUCAUGGCAUGCUGAACGACCCUAGCAAUGUCUGGCCAACGCAAGCGCCUGUGAUGGAACCAGAGGGAGAUACCAUGUCCAAUGCACAGAGGAGUACGCUAAAAUGGGAGAAAGAAGAAGCACUUGGUGAAAUGGCCACUGUUGCCCCAGUUUUAUAUACAAAUGUUAACUUUCCAAACUUGAAGGAUGAGUUUCCAGAUUGGUCCACAAGAGUAAAACAGAUUGCAAAACUCUGGAGAAAAGCCAGUUCACAAGAAAGGGCACCAUAUGUGCAAAAAGCCAGAGAUAAUCGAGCGGCUCUACGAAUCAACAAAGUACAAAUGUCAAAUGACUCUCUGAAGCGACAGCAGCAUGAAAUAGUUGAACUCAACUCGCGUAUUGAUUCAGAGUUGUUUAAAGAUCCAAUGAAGCAGAGAGAAUCUGAGCAUGAGCAGGAGUGGAAAUUUAGACAGGUACAGGUUUUACAUCAAAUGCGUCAGAAGAGCAAGCAACAAGCAAAAAUUGAAGCAACACAAAAACUUGAGCAGGUAAAGAAUGAGCAGCAACAGCAGCAAUUUGGAUCACAACAUCAUAUGAGUCAAUCUGGAAAUGACACCCCAAACAGCGGAAGUCCUUUAACACCUCAGCAAAAUAGUGAAAGUAUGUCUCCAGUUCAGCAGACUUUUAAUAAAGACACAUUUUCCAAACAGACUCCAUCGUUCUCUGAUGAUGUUUUUGUGAAGCCACAAGCUCCACCACCAACACCCACUAGGAUUUCCUUACAGGACCCUCUUCAGCUGUCUCAUCCGUCUCAGUCACAGUCACCACAGAUGAUAUUCUCACCUGGAUCUUCAACUUCAAGACCGUCAUCACCUGUAGAUCCAUAUGCUAAAAUGGUAGGAACACCGAGACCUCCACCUGUUGGUCAAACUUACAACAGAAGGAACUCUGGGUCACCUAUGGACAUAUGUCCUACAAGACAUGUUUUGGGGAAUGAACCUUCUGAUUCUAAACCAUCCCCUAUUAGAGAUCCUUCUUCAUCUCCCUCCAGUGGUGAUCUGGGUGUAAAGAUGGCAGAUUUUCAAAGGUCUAUGACAUCAGAACAUUUUGCAAAGCCAGGGUUUUCAUCAAGGAUGCCACACAACACAGAUCAGGUUGUAGAUGGUUCCUUAGGUCCAGCAAACAGUGAUUCAUUUGCUAAACAAAACUCCAGGCCUGAAAUGUUUCCAAGACAAUCAGUGGCACAAAAUAAAGUAGAUCCAUAUGCAAGGCCUCCGCUCACUCCUACUCCAGGUGUUUCACCUGGUAGUCCUGCCCCAUUUAAAACUCCACUUCGCCCCCCUCAGUCACCACAGGAAUCAUACGGUUCACUGCCAACAACACCUCGUCGAAUAUCCUCAGACCAGUAUGAAAGGCCUGUUAUGACACCACGCCCAUCUGAUAAUUUUUCACAUGAUCUCUAUAACCAAGCUUCACAUCGUUCGUCUACAAAUGAGUUUGCACAUCCACCUAGACUGAUGCGACAACAUAGUGACCCUCAGUCUUUAUCAAGAUCCAAUGCACAGGAUCCAUACUCGCAACCUCCAGGAACACCACGACCAGUCAGUAACCCAUAUUUGCAGCCACCAAAUAGUUCAAGAGCUCAAGCCAUUGACCCUUACCUUCAGCAGCCACCUACCCCAAGGCCAUCUGCACAAGCAAUGGAUCCUUACAGUCAGCCACCAUCUACUAGGCCAAUUGUUGGAGAUGUGUUUGCUCAACCCACUAUGAGUAAGAGGCACCAUGAUACAUUUGCCUCCUCAUCAGGAACUUCAAGGCCUGGCAUGGAUCCCUACUGUCAACAGCCUUCUACUCCUAGGCCUAUUUCCUCAGAUCCAUAUUCUCAACCACCAGGGACACCAAGGCCUGUGUCUGUAGAUCAGUACUCCCAGCCACCUGGUACAUCAAGAUCAAUGCCAUCAGAUCCUUACUCUCAGCCACCUUUUACACCAAGGCCAAUGCCUUCAGAUCCUUACUCUCAGCCACCUGUUACACCAAGGCCAAUGCCUUCAGAUCCAUACUCUCAGCCACCUGGUACACCAAGGCCAAUGCCCCCAGAUCCAUACUCUCAGCCACCUGGUACACCAAGGCCAAUGCCCCCAGAUCCAUACUCUCAGCCACCUGGUACACCAAGGCCAAUGCCUUCAGAUCCUUAUUCACAGCCACCUGGUACACCAAGGCCAAUGCCUUCAGAUCCUUAUUCACAGCCACCUGGAACUCCAAGACCAGCUCCAUCAGAUUCUUAUUUACAACCACCUGGAACACCAAGGCCUGUGCCUUCUGAUCCAUAUUGUAAACCGCCCGGAACGCCAAGACCAAUGGCUUCUGACCCAUAUUCUCAUCCUCCUGGGACUCCAAGAUCUAUUAAUGUAGAUCCUUACUCUCAGCCACCAGGCACACCACGGCCUGUUCUUUCAGAUCCAUAUUCCCAACCCCCUGGAACACCAAGGCCUGCUCCCACAGACUCUUACUCUCAUCCAAACAGAACACCCAGGCCAGUUCUUCUGGACCUUUAUUCUCAAUCACCAAGAACCCCUAUGCCAGGCGUGCCAGAACACUUUAAUCGUUCUUCUAUGGUUCGAUCUGGAUUGGCAUCCAGUCAGGACUCUUUUGGACAUCCUACACAAAACAGAGGACCUCCUAUGCCAGUUCCUUAUUUAAGAUCUGAUGCAAGCCCCCAAAAUCCUCGAAUGGUAGGCCAAGGUGCAACAGACCUUUUUAGUCAUUCUUCUGUUACUAACCAAGAUAUGUUUGAACAGCCUCCAAUGACUCCUCAUGUGCAGCCUGGGGAAGGAUUUGGAGAUUCACAUGAUUUGGCUGAACAAAGACCAUUUUCAGAGGAAGCGUUUAGUGGAACUACUAACAUUGCAGCGAGUCCUCAAGGUCAACAUUUUGCUAACAUUCAGCAAGCAACUAGCAUGCCAGAUGCCCAAAAUUCACUGAACCUGCCACUCGCAGACUCUGAAGAGAAAGCAAGACAGCGUCAGAAAUUGCGGGAGAUGAUCUUGAGACAGCAACAAAACAAGAAUUCAGUCCGACAGGAGAAACCAGUGGAUCCUAUACAGAUGAACCAAGGUGGACACAGCACACAAUGGCAGGACAGUUCACACCGACAACAUGAGAUAUUUAACAGGCCUCCACCACCUUAUCCGGGCAACAUCAGAGCCUCACUUGGCAUCAAAGGAAACCCACAAUUUCCUGUUUUUCCCAACGAACAACAUACUCAGUUUGCUGGAAAUGGCCAGUUCAACAGACCCCAGUUUCCCGGAGACAUUGGUAACAUGGCUAUGAGGCCACACCCGGGAAACAGAUUUGUCUAUCCUAUGCCAGGUCCUGGUCCUGUGCUCAAUCAUGAGCGCUUUUUAGGUCCUCCAUUACAGAUGCAAGGUCCAGGGAUUCCCCAGCAGAUGAGGAGGGAUAUGUCAAUUGAACUGACUAGACCGUUAAGCAAUUCACAGAUCACAAAUUCAGGUGGUAUAGCACCACAUUUCACUCACCAGGGAAUGCAAGUUCAACAGCAUAAUAUAUCAGGCCAAGCAUACAUUGAACUUCGUCACAGGCCACCAGACGGGAGGCCAAGGAUUAUUUUUGGGCCGUCUCCUAAUCUAAUGGAACAACCUAUGCCACAUCAGAGGCAAAUGGGCUAUUUCCCGAGACCAGAGUUUCAAAGCCCAAGAAUGAUGGAUCCCAUCCGUGCUCAACAUCCUGGUUUAUCCAGCCAGGGUCAAUUGCCUCCUGGUUUGGAACAGUUCAUGGCUGCACAGAAUCACCCUAUCAUGAUGCAUGAAGCAGAGCAUCCGGCAAUGACUGAGAACUAUUUGCAAGCUCAAUUGUCUAUUGAUAAUUUAAAUAAGGAAUCAAGUAAUAAUUCUGCACUAAGUGAGAUGGAAGAAAAACUUGACCCUGAUGAUCCGUCUGAAAAAGACCUUGAUGUUAAGGAUCUGGAUGGUGUUGAGGUUAAGGACUUAGAUGAUGAUGAUCUUGAAAACAUAAAUCUGGAUCCAGAUGAUGCAAAAGGGGUUGAGCUAGAUGGCUUAGAUACUCUGGAAGCAAAUGAUCCUCAACUUGAUGACUUGUUACGCUCUGGAAAAUUUGACAUAAUUGCCUAUACAGAUCCAGACCUUGAUCUUGGGGACAAAAAAGACAUGUUUAACGAAGAUCUGGAUUUUAAUGUACCUAUUGAUGAAAAGUUGGAGCUCCAGUGCAAAACUGAUGAAGCAGUAGGCAGUGAAGAAACUGUCGAGGCUGCAGCUGAUCCUAUUCCAGAGACUAUUGCUGAUGUUCCUAACGAAACCAGCACUGAGGGAGCAUCCCCAAAAACGAAGGCACCAGAUGUUACGUCUGAACUUGCUAUGGAGGUCUCUGGGACUCAGCAGCUAGAGGAGGAUGCCACAUCUGUACCAUCCUGUAAAAGUGAGCGGUCUGAUAAAGGAGACAAAGAGAGUGCUCCUAAUUCUGUACAGCCUAAUGACCCAUUGCAGGUGCCCACCCAAGAUGCAGUUAGUUCAUGUGGUAUACCAGAGCCUCCACCAGUGCUUAAUGACUUGUUAAUAAAUGAAAACUCAGACCUAAACGAAGUAGAAAAAUUAGUUUCUCCAUCAGGAAUCAUGACCGCCUCACAGCUUAAUGAAAUGCAGGGCAUUCCACAAAAUCAAGUUGUAGAUGAUCCUUUAAAUCAAAGUAUGGGACCAAGACUUAAGCAUGGGUUUACACAAGGAUCACCAUCACAUUCUGGGUUUCUGACUGCUCAGCAGGGUGCCCAUAAUUUUGUCACAAAUGAAACGUUAAAUCAGGCUCAGCAAGUAAUGCUCCAGCAGAGUCGUGAGAGACCUCUUCUUCUGGAGGAGCAGCCUUUACUACUGCAAGAUCUUUUAGAUCAAGAAAGACAGGAACAGCAGCAACAGAGGCAGAUGCAAGCCAUGAUCCGGCAGCGUUCUGAGCCCUUUUUUCCAAAUAUAGAUUUUGAUGCUAUUACUGAUCCUAUAAUGAAAGCAAAAAUGGUCGCUCUGAAAGGCAUCAAUAAAGUCAUGGUGAACAACAUGGGAAUGCCACCGAUGGUGAUGAACCGGUUCCCUUUUGUGGCUCAGCAAAUGCCAGGAGCACCGGACAUUGAAGGCCAGAGCCUUGCUUCACCAGGAAUUCCACAGGAUGGAAGUAUACCACCACAAAUGAUCCGACCAAACCCUCCAAACUUUGGCCCAGGAUUUGUCAACGACUCGCAGAAAAAACAGUAUGAGGAAUGGCUUCAGGAGACCCAGCAACUCCUUCAAAUGCAGCAAAAAUUUUUGGAAGAGCAAAUUGGAGCUCACAGAAAAUCUAAGAAAGCUUUGUCAGCCAAGCAGCGGACAGCUAAGAAAGCGGGACGAGAGUUUCCUGAGGAGGAUGCUGAACAGCUGAAACACGUCACAGAGCAGCAAAGCAUGGUGCAAAAACAACUGGAACAGAUACGGAAACAGCAAAAAGAACACACAGAGCUUAUUGAAGAAUACAGAACCAAGCAGCAGCAGUUUUCAGUGGCACCUCUAAUGCCUGGAGUCCUACCACCAAAGACUAUGAUGGCAGGGGGAGCACCACCUUCAAUGAAUGCACAAAGCUUUCCUAUUCCACAAACACUGCCCCCUCCAGGGCCCAUGAUACCAGGCCAACCCAAUCAGCCAAGGAUGCCAAACGUGCAAGGGUGGCAUCCUCCACCUAGAGGUGCUACGCCAGUAAAUCCCCCUAGGAUGCAGCUUGCUGUCAGUUCUGAAGUAAGCAGUCCAGCUGUCAUUGUAAACCCCAAUGCCCCACCAAGGGUUGAGUUUGAUGACAACAACCCUUUUAGUGAAACUUUCCAAGAGAGGGAGCGGAAAGAAAGAUUGCGUGAGCAACAGGAACGCCAGAGAAUUCAACUCAUGCAAGAAGUGGAUCGUCACAGAGCUUUGCAGCAGAGGUUCGAGAUGGAACAACAUGGUAUAGUCGGCCCAGAACCGAAUAAUAGACAGAUGCCUUUCUUUACUCCAGAGUUGCCAAAUGACUUCAUGCAGAUUCCACCUCUUAAACAGUCGACACAACAGCAACCUCAAAUGGGACAUACAAUGACCCAUCAAAAUGUUGGUAGCUCUCCUCCUGCUGCACCUUUUGUACAGAACGCUGAUAAACUAUCUUUAGGACUUUCCCCAUAUGGACAAGACAAUCAGUCUGGGUUUCCACAAACUCCGUUAAUGCCAAAUGUCACCAAUGCUUCACCUGUUUCUGAUAAUGGGAACCCUUCUGGACAGGAAAGACCUGCAAGUUCCACAGAUUUUCAAAGUCCAAGCCAGUCGCUUAUACAAUUAUAUUCUGAUAUCAUCCCGGAAGAGAAAGGAAAAAAGAAAAGACAUAGAAAAAAGAAAAAAGACGAAGACUCCGAUUCUGUAAAGUCGCCACCCUCAACACCAAGAUCUGAUUCUACUGCUCCCCUAACUCCAAGUAUUUCUGAAGCAUCAACCCCAACAGUAAACGUCACAAAUGAUCUUCAAGGAGAACAAGUGGCUGACUUAAUUCGUUCAUCGACGCCUAAUGCAGCAAACAGUACCUCUGUAGACUCUGAAGGCCCACUCCUCCCUAAAGAUGUGAAACAGACAUUUCAGGAACCCAGACUGGACCAAGAGGAUAGUCAACCGCACACUAAAGACGACAUUAAUAUUCAGGAAAUUAAAUUGGAGCAGAUGGAAGGAGACCAGUCUCCAGAGGAAUCUGACUCCAAAUUAAAGCAACCAUCAGUCGGCCUUAAGACUGAAGAAGAUAAAGCCACAUCGCACGAUGCACUUUCCACUGAAAUAACUUCUCAUACUGCCUCCGGCCCCUCAGGAAAACUGGAAUCUGGAAAUGAAUUACUGAAACACUUGCUCAAAAACAAGAAACAACCCAUCAUGUUGCCUCAAAACUCUGAGGAAAGUUUUCACUCAAUUGAAGAUAGAUCCUUUGAUUCAAAGUCCACAGGAAGACCUGGAAAUGCAUUGCAUAUCCCAGACAACAAAAUGCUGGUUGGCUUUAAUGUCAACCAGAACUUGCUCCCAAGAACGGAUUUUGAGAUGGAGAAGAAGAAACCAAGAAACAAGCGGGUACAGAGGACGUCAGAGAAGCCAGCUUCUCGGUCUAAGAAAAGGAAGAAAGAGGAAGACCAGAAGCCAUCCAUAUUUUCCAACUCUGAGACCUUCAGCCAAAUAAAGCAGCAACUUUCUCUGCUUCCACUAAUUGAGCCAAUAGUUGGAAUAAAUUUUGCACAGUUUCUCCCAUAUGGCACUGGCCCAAUGAGUACUGGGAGUCGGUUGCUAGGAACCUUUGGCUGCGCUUCUCUUGAUGGCGUAUCAGAUUAUUAUUCUCAGCUAAUUUUUAAGCAAAACAAUCUCAGCAAUCCUCCCACUCCGCCAGCUUCUCUGCCUCCUACUCCGCCUCCUGUUGCCUGCCAGAAGAUGGUGAAUGGUUAUGCCACCACUGAAGAGCUGGCUGGGAAGGCUGCCCUUCUUGGAGGCCAUGUUACCAAAGCUCUGGGACCCAAACAAUUUCAGCUGCCUUUCAGGUCCCCAGAUGAUCUGUUAGCUAGAGCCAUGACUCAGGGACCUAAAUCAGUGGACGUCCCAGCUUCUUUGCCCACUCCGCCACACAACAAUCAGGAGGAGUUGAGGGUUCAGGAUCACUGUGAUGCCAGGGAUAGCCCUGACAGUUUUGUUCCCUCCUCAUCUCCUGAAAGUGUGGUUGGGAUGGAAAUUAGCAGAUACCCAGACUUGUCGCUAGUGAAAGAGGAGCCACCAGAUCCUGCGCCCUCACCCAUCAUUCCAAUACUACCAAGCAGCACAGGAAAAGUCUUUCCAGGGUCCGAUGGCAGAGAUUUUGGAAUGAAAAGAGAGCCAGGAGCAGGUACCCUGUUUUUCGGAUCACAGUUUGCACAAGCACCAAAUGGACCCAAGUCUGGGUUUAUCUCUGUGGCAAUCACAUUGCAUCCUACAGCUGCUGAGAAUAUCAGUGGAGUAGUGGCUGCAUUUGCUGAUUUGCUUCAAGUUCACAUUCCCACCAGCUAUGAAGUGAGCAGUGCUCCAGACUCCGCUUCUGUUAUCCUAAUGAAUGGGCACAGAAUGAACUCUAACUUGGAGUAUAGGCAGCAGCUGCUGCGCCAGCGUCCCAGGCCAGGGUCUAUCCCUCCAACCAGACUCAUAGGAGCAUACGGCAUGAAACCUCACAGCCUGCUGUUCAUGCCUAAUAGUACUGGUAUGCCAGGAUACCGACCUCACCCCCCAUCUAUGGGGGAUUCUCCAGCUCUUAGGCAAUCAUGGUGCUGUCACUGCAAGGUUGUGGUUUUUGGAAAUGGGGUUCGAAAAUCAAUGAGAGAAUUAAACUUUCUCAAACAGGAGUUCCACAACAGCCCUGCACGCAUGGAUGGUGAGCUUGUCUUCUGCAGCAACAAUUGUUUUUUGCUGCAUUCUGCCGCACAGGCAAAGAGCAAGGAGAUCAAGGACCCGGGCUGUUCCUUAACUUCUCCAUCUCUAAAGGAAACCCAACCAAAGUCCUGUCAUCAGUACAGUAACAACACUUCCACCCUGGAUGUUCACUGCCUUCCAUUGCUGCAGGAGAAGUUUUCACCCCCUUCAUCUCCUCCUAUAUCAUUCCCACCUGCUGCUUUUGAAACUGCUAAAGUUGAGGCAAAGCCAGAUGAACUGAAAGUCACAGUGAAGUUAAAACCACGACCAAGAGCUGUUCAUAGUGGUCUGGAUGAUUCUCGGCCUUUCAGCAAAAGGUGGAAAGGAAUGAAGUGGAGGAAAUGGAAUAUUCAGAUUGUUAUUCCCAAGAUGCCUUUCAAACCUCAAUGUGAGGAUGACAUAGACGAAUUUCUGAAAAGACUGGGAACGUCUCUGAAGCCAGAUCCUCUGCCCAAAGAUUUUAGAAAAUGUUGUUUCUGCCAUGAAGAAGGUGAUGGAACGACUGAUGGGCCAGCAAGGCUACUCAACCUAGACCUUGACCUCUGGGUCCAUUUAAACUGUGCUCUUUGGUCUACGGAAGUCUACGAGACACAGGCUGGUGCCUUAAUUAAUGUAGAACUGGCUUUGAGACGAGGACUGCAGAUGAAGUGUGUCUUUUGUCAUAAAACGGGAGCCACAAGUGGCUGCCACAGGUUAAGGUGCACCAAUAUCUAUCACUUCACCUGUGCAAUAAAAGCACAAUGCAUGUUUUUUAAAGACAAAACUAUGCUUUGCCCCAUGCACAAGCCAAAGGGAGCUCAUGAGCAAGAACUGACUUAUUUUGCAGUCUUUCGUAGAGUUUACGUUCAGCGUGAUGAGGUGCGGCAGAUCGCUAGCAUUGUGCAGCGUGGGGAACGUGACCACACUUUCCGUGUCGGCAGCCUGAUCUUUCAUGCAAUUGGUCAGCUGCUACCACAGCAAAUGCAGGAUUUUCACUCUGUGACUGCCCUUUUCCCAGUAGGUUUUGAAGCCAGCAGGUUGUACUGGAGCAUGCGUUAUGCCAACAGGCGCUGCCGGUACCUCUGCGCCAUUGAAGAGAAAGAUGGACUGCCCUUAUUUGUCAUCAGAGUACACGAACAGGGGCAUGAAGACCUGGUCCUUACAGAUACUACACCAAAAGGUGUUUGGGACAAAAUCUUGGAGCCCGUUGCAAACUGUAGGAAAGAUUCAGAAAUUCUCAGGCUUUUCCCAGUGUACCUAAAAGGAGAAGAUCUUUUUGGUUUAACGGUUUCAGCAGUUGCAAGAAUCGCAGAAUCGCUACCAGGAGUUGAGGCUUGUGAAACUUACACUGUCCGUUAUGGCCGAAACCCACUGAUGGAGCUCCCUCUGGCCAUCAAUCCUUCUGGUUGUGCCCGCUCAGAGCCAAAAAUGAAUAAUCAUGUCAAGAGGUUUGUGUUAAGGCCUCACACGUUAAACAGCACCAGCACUUCAAAGUCCUUCCAGAGCACAGUCACCGGAGAGCUGAAUGCACCCUACAGCAAGCAGUUCGUCCAUACAAAAUCCUCUCAGUAUCGGAAAAUGAAGACCGAAUGGAAAUCCAAUGUGUACCUGGCCAGGUCUCGAAUUCAGGGUCUGGGAUUAUAUGCUGCUAGAGACAUUGAAAAGCACACUAUGGUGAUUGAAUACAUUGGAACCAUAAUACGCAAUGAAGUAGCCAAUAGAAAGGAGAAGUUGUACGAGUCGCAGAAUCGUGGUGUAUAUAUGUUUCGUAUCGAUAAUGAACAUGUGAUUGAUGCCACUUUAACUGGAGGACCUGCAAGGUAUAUUAAUCAUUCAUGUGCGCCUAACUGUGUGGCUGAAGUAGUGACAUUUGAGAAGGGACAUAAGAUAAUAAUCAGCUCCAAUCGGAGGAUACAAAAGGGUGAAGAGCUUUGUUAUGACUAUAAGUUUGAUUUUGAAGAUGACCAGCACAAGAUCCCCUGCCACUGUGGUGCCGUUAACUGCCGGAAGUGGAUGAACUGAAUGCAUUCCUUGCUUCUCCAAGGUUUUACUUGUCCCUGAGAUGUGAUUUAAGCAUGCUGUCAAAAUGACACGCCUGUCUUCAAGUUAAGAACAUACUUAGCAAGUGACAUUUUUGUUGCUGCCAAGAGAGGAAGCCACUGUCAAAGUAAAGCUAUCGGGGCCUCCACAGAGGGUCCUGGCGGGGGGCAGCCGGUUAUAGAGUUCACCGCUUCUGCUGUGAGCUUACUGAAGAAAUAAAAAAAUUCACUGGGUCAAGAAACGAGUCAGCAGGUGGGCAAACACAUGAAUGUAAGACUGAGA